CGGUCCUAAAAUCUAAUUCUAACCCUAAGCCCAACCCUAACCCUAGAGCUCGCGAAGCGAAUACAUGGCGGAGGGGAGGAAGCGGUGCCUCUACGAGGUCCUGGGCGUCCGCCGCGACUGCUCCCAGGAUGAGAUCCGCGCCGCCUACAAGCGCCUCGCCCUCCAGCUCCACCCCGACAAGCUCGCCGCCUCCGCCUCCAGAACCUCCGCCGCAGACGCCACCGCCGCCUUCCAAGAACUCCGCCAUGCCUACGAGGUUCUCUCCGACCCCAAAGAGCGCGCCUGGUACGACUCCCACCGCUCCCAGAUCCUCUUCUCCGACCCCUCCUCCACCUCCAAGUCCCACCGCCCCUCCGCCUUCUUCGAUCUUGACCUCUACGCCUUCUUCUCCAACUCCGCCUUCUCCGGCUACUCCGACGCCGGAAGGGGCUUCUACAAGGUCUACGGAGAUCUCUUCGCCAAGGUAUACGCCCAGGAGCUCUGGUUCGCCAAGGAAUUGGGGCUGGGCGCCGACGCCGUCGCGCCCGUCCCUCUGAUCGGCAAUCUCGACAGCCCCUACCCCCAAGUCACUGCCUUUUACAAUUACUGGCUCGGAUUUUGCACCGUGAUGGACUUUGGUUGGGUGGACGAGUACGAUGCGUCGAUGGGGCCGAACCGGAGAACGAGACGGGCGAUGGAGGAGGAAAACAAGAAGGCGAGGAAGAAGGCAAAGAGGGAGUACAAUGACACAGUCCGUGGGUUGGCGGCGUUCGUCAAGAAGAGGGACAAGAGGGUGAUCGAUAUGAUGGUGAAGAGGAAUUUGGAGGAGGAGAAGAGGCGGGCAGAGGAGAAGGCAAGGAAGAAGGAGGAGGAGAGGAAGAAGAUGGAGAGAGCGAGGAUGUAUGAAGAGCCUGAGUGGGCGAAGAUCGAAGAAGAAGAAGAAGAGAUGGUUAUGAGACGUGGGUUUGAUGACUUAGAGGAGGAGGAUGAUCAAAAGAAGAAAAAGAAAAAGGGUGCCGGUGAGGAAUUCUACUGUGUGGUGUGCAAUAAGAAGUUUAAGUCGGAUAAGCAGUGGAAGAAUCAUGAGCAAUCGAAGAAGCACAGGGAUAAGGUUGCGGAGCUGAGGAUGACAUUGGAGGAGGAAGACAAGCUCUUGGAGGAGGAGGGUGACGACGAGGGAGUCCAUGUAGAAUUUGAUUAUGAACCACCAGAGUCAGAGGAGAGUGAUAUGGUGGAUGAACUAUGUGAAGAAUUGAGGGAGGAAAUCAGGUUGCAGGAGGAUGGGAAUGAUGAUGAGGAUUUGGAGGACAGUGAUCAAAAAGUUGGUUUAGAUGAUGAAGUUAGCAUUUUGGAAGCAAUGGUUUCGGGGCAUAAGAAUAGGAAGAAUUAUUCUCAGGAUCUCCAUAACUCGACAUCCAAUUAUGACCAUUAUCUUGAUAAUGAUGAGCAAAAUUCGACAGGAUAUGAUUCCAAAAGAAGUCGCAGGAAUCGAGCAUCAAAGAGAUGGACAGGGGCAGACAUGUAUGAUGAAGCGACGAGGCAAGGGAUCGGUGAGUCCCAAUGGGAGGACAGUGAAGUUCAGAAUCAGGAAGACAAUAUUGAGGAUAAAAAGGAGGGUCCAUCUAGUCCUUUAGAGGAGGUUGCAACCAGAAGUAAGGGAGGUCGAGCCACAGGAAAGAAUCAGAAGUCUAAAAAGCAACCGGUGGAUGGAAAGGGAGCUGGAAGAAAAGACACAGCUGGUGACUCAAAGAACUCAUCAAAAGGAAGGAAACAGAAGGCAACCUCAAAGGCUCUGAGUAAUGCGUGUGGGACAUGUGGAGAAAGCUUUGAAUCAAGGAACAAGUUAUUUGCGCAUAUAGGUGCCACAGGCCAUGCCAUGUUGAAAUCAUGGUAGAGGAAUGCAGAUUGCUGAUGAAAGAAAUUAUUUAUAGAAAUCCCGGAAAAGGAAUGCAGAUUGCUGAUGAAAGAAACUGUUUAUAUUCUUUCCUAUGAGGUGUUGUUUUCUGGAACAAGGCCAAUCAAGCAGACAUCACUUUCCAGACUUGAGAUAUAUGAAUAGUGUACUAGGAUCAGAGCUCCUCUUCUUAGUUAAGAGCCCAUUUGUAAACUGCUCCACCAAUAGCAAAGAGGAAAAAUGAAAAAGAAAAUUAAAUUUUGAGACAGGAUAAAUUUCUUGAUUUGACCUUUCAAAGUUUUGAUUCUUGUAUAAGGAAUCUGAAUUCCAUCAUCACAAUCUUAAUUUUAUGGGAACAUUCUUUUGAUUUUUUUUUUAAGAUACAUGUAAGGGUGUUUUUUUUUUUUUGUGGCAACAAUCCAUCUUGUUUCAAUCUAACGAUGAAUUUUCAUGAGAACCAAUGUAUGCCCA